CUCUUCUCUUUUUGAGUUCCUCUCAUGAUCCACCAGGAAUCAUUAUGCACUGUGCCGUCGCAACUUCGUAUCAAAUGAACACAUCAUUCACCAAACGCUGAAGCAUCGGAAGAUCUCUUUUGCUCUCUCAAAAACUGUGUCAUCAGUCGACGGGCACUGUUCUGACAUGAACUCCUCGUUGGAAUAAAAUCAUUAUCCUUUCAAACCAGUAGAUUUCGAGGCUCAAUUGAGUCACAUCAGACAAGUUACGUCGGGAAGCAAGGCUAUCAUGGUGUGUUGAGUCGCAAACGAAGAAUCUCAAACGUGACAAGUUUCGACUCCUGGCAAACUGGCAAACCCAUUCAACUUCCAUCAUCCCGAAUUGUCCGGAGAGUAUUUUCCUGAUCAUUAUCCCAAUUCAAAUUAUUGGGUACAUCAUACACCCAAGAUCUCCACUAGCAAGGUGAUCUAGCUUUGGGAUACAUUCGAAACUUUUUCUUUGCAAGACCUGAAGGUCUCCAGAGAUACCACCAAAAAACUUCCAAAAUGCGGCAGCAUGCUUCAAUGACUCUUGUCUGUCUGUUUUGCAUUCUACGUCUGACCAAUGCCUUGUCACUUGCAAAUUUUCAAUUGGUCUCACCUACUGCAGUCUCAUUGCGUUGUUUUCUGGAAUAUAAUACUUUGAUACCAACUUGCAAAUUAUCAGACUUCAAUAAUGGCUGCUCCCUCGCUUGUCAGUCGGCCUUGACGGAAAAAGCUACAUGUGUUAAAAGUGCUUGUUCGGCAGAUAACGUAAGUCCUAAUACAUUGUUAGGAAUCGUUAAAAAUGGUGGAAUCAUUGCAGCUUUAUGUCCAAAUUUCAAAUCUUCUACUACAUCAACGACUACAUUUUUGAAAACCUCCAGUACGAGCUCGACUACGAGCGCGAAAACUACAUCGGCCAGUGUAAUGACUUCAACGACGAAUUCGGUGGUUAUAACGUCUACUACAUCGAGUUCGAGUUCAGCAGAAAGCUUUACUUCGACUGCCUUCACGACGACGUUCUCUGCGCUUCCUACCACGAGGUUGUCUACGGGUACGGAAACUUCGAGUUUUUCUCAAACAUCGCAUUCCCAAACAUUAUCGUCUCAAGAGUCCUCCUUCCAAUCUUCGCCAUCUCAAACAUUAUCAUCCACUUCACUAGCUAUCACUUCAUCAGAGUCAACGUCAGCUAGUUCCUCAGAAUCAUCAACAUCUACCUCUUCAACCACAGAUAUAAAUACAACAUCAACCAUAAGCACAACCACAACCCAAACACCCUUAUCCAUCUCUACACAAACCGCGACAUCAAAAUCAACCACCACGCGUGCGGCAGCGCCAAAUAAUGGGGAUGGAAUUAGUGGUGGUGGAAGCCCAUUCGAUAUUGAUGCGAAUAGUGGAAGUCUGCCAUCUGAAGUGGCUAAGAUGUCUGGGAGCUGGGUUAUAGGUAUGGGGUUGAUUUAUGGGGGGUUGGGAGUAUGGUUUCUUAUGUGAGUUAGGGCUGGAGCUUGAGAUUGUGGGAUUAGUACCUAGGGACAGGAAUGAUGGAGUUAGAUUGGAUUGGAUGAUAAUGUGUAGGAAAUUAUUCUUGUUUUUUAUUGGUUUGGUUUGGUUUGGUUUGGUUUGUACGAUUACAGAAGGCGCGAGUCACUUGGUUAUAUUAACUUAUGGCCGUGGACUUACUUGGGAUUGGAUUGGGAUUUGGAUUUAGAUCUGGGAAGAGCUGAAAGAGCAUUCAUGGCGCGAUUUGUACACUGUACAUUAUUUUACGACGUCAUGAAACUAUCAAGGGAAAGAGGAUGUUAAGAAAUGGAUAAAAUGGAUAUAGCAUAGGAGAAGAAA